ACUGCCGAAAGGCUGCUAAUCUGAAGUCGAAAGCAGCGCAUUUUUCCGUAUUUACGCUACCAUUGGAAUUUUUGUGGGAUUGUGAUUAAUUCCGUACUUCCUUAUAUCUGAGAUUGUAGGAUGAAUAAUGGCAAUAGUGAUGGUGCCAGUAGAUCAAAUUAUACAGAAUUAGGGAAUUAUAUUCCAACUGGAUAUCAAGAAGAUUAUGAUUAUGAAUUACCACAGAGUGGUACUGCUGGUGGCAGCCGCUUGCCCAUUUCACAAACUAUGUUAAGUCAAGUUGAUGAGAAACCGAAAAUCCUAUUAAUGGGUUUAAGAAGGUUUAAUGACAUUCCGUCCGCUUGAAUUUUAUCUUUUUUACUUUAAUAGAAGCGGAAAGUCAUCGAUUCAGCGAGUUGUUUUCCAUAAAAUGGCACCAAAUGAAACUCUAUUCUUAGAAAGUACACACAAAAUUGAAAAGAAUGAUGUUUCUGAUUGUUCCUUUAUUAAAUUUCAAAUCUGGGAUUUUCCUGGUCACAUUGAUUUUUGUGAUGAAACAUUUCAAUCUGAGGCGAUAUUUUUAGCUUCUUGUGCUAUUAUUUUUAUUAUCGAUGCUCAAGAUGAUUAUCAUGAAGCGUUAACUCGUCUACAUGUCACUUUAGAAUCAGCAUUUCGUUAUAAUAUGAAUAUUAAAUUCGAAGUAUUCAUCCAUAAAGUGGACUGUUUAACAGAUGAUCAGAAAAUGGAUAUCCAACGUGAUAUUACACAACGUGUAACUGGUGUCUUAGAAGAUCUACUCUGUGAACAACCAUCAAAUGCUGGAAUUAGUAUAGGAUUCCAUCUAACUACCAUAUAUGACCAUUCAAUUUUCGAAGCUUUUAGUAAAGUGGUGCAGAAAUUAAUUCCCUAUUUGGAUGCAUUCGAACAUUUAUUGAAUAUAUUCAUAACGAACUCAAUGGUAGAUAAAGCUUUCCUAUUCGAUGUUGCCAGUAAGAUUUAUUUGGCAACAGAUUCUAAUGUAGUGGAUAUGCAAACUUAUGAACUAUGCUGUGAUAUGAUUGAUGUCGUUGUAGAUGUGGCCGCGAUAUACACCCCUCGAUCUAAUUUUGUUGAUCCUCCAGUUUCUGAACAAACUGGUGCUACGAUUAUUUUAAACAAUGACAGAGCAUUAUAUUUACGUGGAAUCAACCAGUAUAUGGCAUUAGCUUGUUUAAUGUAUGAAGAAUCAUUGGAAAAAAUGGGUUUAAUAGAGUUUAACUUUCGUGUCAUUAAGAAUGCAUUACAACAAAUGUUAGAAUUGAAUCAACAGCAUGCAAAACAAGAACUAGCUGCAAUGUUAAUGCAUCAGCCUACAUCGAAUCCUAUACCAGAAAAUGAUGAACAGGAAGAAGAACCAAUAAAUGAUGAGUUUGAUUCUUAUGGAAACGAUGAACAGAUUGAUGAUAAUGAACGGAAAAUUAAUGAAGAUAAUAUUGUAUAUGCUAAUAGGGAGUUAAGAAAUGGUUAGAAAAAAAAUCUCUUACUGUUGUCACAUUUGUAAUCUCAGAUCAUUUUUAUUUUACUAUGCAUACGUAUAUAAAUGAUUUUUGUAAGUAUACUGACAACUACCGAUGAUUUGCUGAUUUUUCGUUUAUUUACUUUUAUUUAGCAUUCUUUCCUACUUGUAUCUGAUCACAUACACAUUAUCCCA